ACAUCUCAGUAAUGAAGGCAUGAACAAUGACGGAAGUGGGAGAUGGUGUUUCAACAAGACUAAAGAAGAAGUUAAGGACUGAGAGCUCAUUCGAAGUGCUUUCACCAGAGCCCCCAGCCUGAGAGCAGGAAAGAAGAACUUCUGUCCUGAGGAAAGUGAGGCCAAGGACAUCAGCAGAGCCAACAUCUGCUUCGAGUUCCUGGAACUGCUGACAACGUGCAGGACACUGAUGGCACCUGGCAGAGACUGCUGUGCCCUGGCCAUUCUGCUGGCAAUUGUGAACAUCCAGCUUGGUGCAUGCAUGCACAUCCUCACCUCAACUUCCCAAGAAGAAAAGCGACUAAGCUUAAUCUGUACUGUGUGGUAUAAGACAGAAGAGGCUGAGGGGGUAAUAGUGUUUUUGUGCAAGGACAGGAAUGCGGACUGUACCCCUGAGACCAGCUUGGAGCAACUGAGACUUAAACGGUAUUCUGGGACAGAUGGUGUCAGUGAAAGAUCAUCUCAGUUGGUGUUCACCAUAGACCAGGCUACGCCAUCGGACAGCGGGACCUACCAGUGUUGUGCCAGAAGCCAGAAGUCAGAUACCCGCCUUCAGGGCCAUUUUUUCUCCGUUUUAGUCACAGAGACAGGGAACUACACAGUGACAGGACUGAAACAAAAAGGACGCUCUGAGUUCAGCCCUAGUAAAGAUACUCUCAAUUCAGGCUUCCGGCAAGAAAAUGUCUGGGUGAUGCUGGUCACCAGCCUGCUGGCCCUUCAAGCUCUUUAAACCUUAUGCCAGAAGAAACAUUUUUAAAAAAGUUAUAGCAAGAUAAAUCUGAUUCUCUUUAGUUUGGUAUCUUUCAUAUUACAAUCUGUAUAGGGAAGAAAAAAACAGGG